UGAAAAUUUGGUGUCACGCCGUCCAAAUGAACCUUUCUUAUCAUUCAUUCAUUCACUCUAUCUCUCUAUCUGCCACCCCAUGCGCAAUCAAUACCCUUCUUCCCUCUUAACUAUAUAUAUAUUUAUAUCCUCUCUCUUUUCUUUACAUUCCAUCCCAAAACAUUCACCCGGCCUUUCCUUCUCUACUCUCAUCUUCUUUAUACCUUUCUCUCUUUCCAACACUACACUGCCUUGUCAUUUCUCUCAUUUCCAUCUUCAAUCAAAGAACAAGCCAAGGUUCACAAUAUUUUCAUCUUGGGUAGAUCCAUGAUGGAAUUGGAAUCAUGUGUGCCACCAGGCUUUAGAUUUCAUCCCACUGAAGAAGAACUUGUAGGAUAUUAUCUCAGAAGAAAGAUUAACUCACUCAAAAUUGAUCUAGAUGUUAUUAUCGAGAUUGAUCUAUACAAGAUGGAGCCAUGGGAUAUCCAAGCAAGAUGUAAUGUAGGGAAUGAAGAGCAAAGCGAGUGGUACUUCUUCAGUUAUAAAGAUAGGAAGUAUCCAACAGGGACAAGGACAAACAGAGCCACUGCAGCUGGGUUUUGGAAGGCAACAGGGAGGGAUAAAUCUGUGCUUUCAAAGAACAAUAUUAUAGGGAUGAGAAAGACCCUGGUUUUCUACAAGGGUCGUGCACCUAAUGGUAGGAAAACUGAUUGGAUCAUGCAUGAGUAUCGCCUCCAGACUUCUGAACAUGGACCGCCUCAGGAAGAAGGAUGGGUGGUGUGCCGGGCAUUUAGAAAGCCAUGUCCUAAUCAAAGGCAAGGCUUUGAAGCAUGGAGCCAUGGUUACUAUAUGAGAGAUAACAGCCAAGUUAGGCCUCCCGUUUCCCUUUCAGAUAUAGCAACUACAUCUCAUCUUCAUCUUCGCAGGAAUCAAGGAUCAAGUUUUUAUGAAUCCUAUGGUUCGGAGCAAGAGCUUGUUUCCAACAGUCACAAUUUUUUGGAUAGCCAACAAGUGAUUGAGCUUCCACAACUGGAUAGCCCCAUUACUGUUUCACCAAGUUUAGCAGAAAAAGAAGUUUUUCAUUGUGAUGAAGAAAAGAGCAACGAGAGUAGUCAAAUACAUAUAAUCGACUGGAAGAACUUUGACAACUUGUUUAACUCUCAGCUCACUGAUACAACAUCUUAUCCAUAUCAAACUGCGGCACUAAUACCCCAAAAUGAUGAACUAGAGGCCCAACAACACCAUCUCCUAGGUUGCUUCCCCGGAUCAUAGGUGAAGCCCACAGUUAUUUUACAAUUGACUUAUGCAAGAAUGCUGAUUCAGACAGCUAAAAAUCUUGUUGUCUGAAAUUAAUAUAUAUUGGAGCUAAGUUUGAAAAUCCAUGAUCAGAUUUAUUAAUAUGAUUGCAUUGCUAAAAGUAGAGUACAUGUAGUAGAAAAAAGCAUGGUUUUGUUAUGAUAAAGAGAGACUUCCUGCAUGCUUUAGGGUGUAUGAAGAAAGUUUCACUUCACUUAUUAUUAUUAUUAUUAUUUGUCA